AUGGACACGUACUACAACCCGGUGCCGCACUUUGGCUACAAGCUGGCCCUGGAGCACUCCCCCCAGCUCAAGUCGGUCCCCCUGCGGCCCAAGGACGUGGACGACGACGACCCCUUCGGGCCGGGAGGCUGCUUCGACCUGACCCAGCUGGACGGACUGCGCAGCUCCGACCCCCCGGCCCAGUUUGUCUCCUACAGCAUCAGCAAGUGCGCCGGCUACUGCCGCACCAAGGGUGCCCCCUUCAAUGCAAUCACCCCCAACUUUGAGUGCCGCUGCCUCAACGUGAUCCCCGCGGAAGCCGCGCGUGCACCCGAUGCCGCUUGCGGUGACAAGGGUGCAGGUGCCGCGCUCUUCUACAAUCAUGCUGAUGCGGGCGAGGCCACCUGCCGUGUGGCCAACGUGCCCAUGGAGAAAAACAGCUUCAACUUCCACUACAACGACAACCACGCCUCCUUUGAUAACGGCGUCAUGACGAUCAAGAUGGAGGGCAGCAACGGCCUGCGCUUUACAACAAACGAUGGCAAGCACAUGUUUGGCAUGUACCAGGUGACCGGCAAGAUCGACAAGUCGUCCGGCGCCGUGACCGCCUUCUACACGCGUUCCAGCGACGACUACAACACCGCCAACUGGGGGGACUUCAGCGAGAUUGAUUACGAGUUCCUCAACGGCAACCCCAGUGUGCCGUCUGGCCUGUGGCUGAACAGCUUCAACAAGGGCAUGAGCGGGGGCGAGCGCCUGGUCAAGCCGGAGGAGUACCGCACUCUGCUGGGCCUCAAGGAGGGGGAGGACGCCAGCAACACGUUUGUCACCUUCGCCUUCAACUGGCAGCCCGACCAGGUGGCGUGGUACGCCAAUGGCGUGAUGCUGCUGCGGCGGCGCUACGACGAGGAGGUCAGCUGGAAGGACAUGAAGGGGGUGGGCUUCACGCGCUCGUUCAGGCCGCCCAACGCGCCGCAGCACGUGACCUUCAGCAUGUGGGCCGACCAGGACCAGGAGCGCGCCUUUGGGGGCAAGCUGGCCUGGGACAAGUCGCCCUUCACGUCGCAAUUCAAGGAUCUCAGGCGCGUGCUGUGCGAGGCCAAGGCGGCACCUAGCAAUGGCCCAGCCUGGCUGUACCAGCCCCAGGCCCCCACCCCCGCAACUCCCACCACCGAGGCUGGACCCGUCGCCCCUGCCGCCUCACCAGCCACCGCGGCUGCUGCUGCGUCCCCGGCGGCAAAGGCGUCGCCUGCAAUUCAGGCGGUGCAGCAGGCCCAGAAGCCCAAGAAGGGCCUGUGA